CUUUCCGUAGUACUGUCCCUAAAAUUAAGUUUUGGCUAUUUUCGGAUUGCGUUUGACCCUCCCCAGCCUCCGUUCUGACGGCCAGAAUCAUGGCGGCUGUCACUCUGUUUUGCCGUCCUGCGGGUGUCCUACCCAAGCUUUCAGGCACCUGUUCUCCAGUGUUGCUGGCGGCCGGUCCUGUGACCGUUCAGCAUAGGAAGAUCCAUCAUGCUGUGGUGCCCAGAGGAAAAGGAGGCCGCUCGUCUUUCAGUGGAGUAGCUGCAACAGUGUUCGGAGCCACAGGCUUCCUGGGGAGAUAUGUUGUCAACCGACUCGGACGUAUGGGCUCCCAGAUCGUGAUUCCUCACCGAUGUGACCAGUACGAUCUCAUGUACCUCAGACCUAUGGGUGAUCUAGGCCAGAUCAUCUUUAUGGAAUGGGAUGCAAGGGAUAAGGAAUCGAUCAAAAGGGCAAUUUCUCACUCCAACGUGGUGAUCAACCUUGUGGGAAGAGAGUGGGAGACCAGGAACUACAAGUUUGAAGAUGUCUUCGUCUCUAUCCCCCAGCAGAUCGCAAGGGCAGCUCAUGAAGCCGGAAUCAAAAAGUUCAUACAUGUAUCCCACCUUAAUGCAGAUAUCCGCAGCCCUUCCAAGUACUUAAGGAAUAAGGCUGUAGGUGAGGCAGUGGUGCGAGAAGAGUUCCCUGAUGCCAUCAUUAUGAAACCCGCUGAAUGCUUCGGAAGAGAGGAUAGAUUCUUGAACCAUUUUGCUAACAUGCGUUGGUUUGGUAAAGCUGUUCCUCUUAUUGCAAUGGGCAAGAAGACAGUCAAACAGCCUGUUCAUGUGGUGGAUGUGGCCAAAGCCAUCGUUAAUGUCAUCAAAGACCCCGAUGCUAAUGAGAAAACAUAUGCUUUAGUUGGGCCCAACCGGUAUCUACUGCAUGACUUGGUGGAGUACAUAUAUGCUCUGUCCCACAGGCCAUAUUUGGCUUACCCCAUACCUCGCCCUCUCUAUCACCUCAUUGCAAGAUUUUUUGAGAUGAACGCUUUCGAGCCCUGGACGACCCGUGAUAAAGUCGACCGGUUCCACACAACGGACAUGAAGUACCCUGACCUCCCAGGACUGGAGGAUUUGGGCAUUACCCCUUCCUCCAUUGAGCAGAAGGCCAUUGAAACCUUGCGUCGCCAUCGCCGUUACCGCUACCUGGAUGCUGAGAUCGGAGAGACCAAGGCCGCCAAAACAGUCAGCUAUUAAACAAGUGUCCAGUCAGAUCUCUGCUGGUCCUCACUUGUUGUCUAGUUUCACUUUUCUGUACAUAAAUAAAGAUAUUCAACUU